AGUCCGGUUCGCGAAACAUAAAACUCCCAUCGCCCGUUCCACCCGCCCGCCGCACCACCCGCCCGACGCCCGACGCGCCACCCGGGGCGAGCUCCCCCGCGGCGGCGCGACCGGGGCGUAGGCCGGGCCAUGUCCAUCUUCUGGUAGGUGCCGCAGUACGUAGAAGAGAAGAGAAGAGGAGAGGAGAGGAGAGAGAGGAAGAAGAGAGGAGAAAAUAGAAGAGUAUGACAUGUGGGUCCGUUAACAAAGGGUAAAAUAGACCAUUCACCAUGAGUGCUCACGUUUUUGGAGCUGGAGCACUGCCAUCAGCCAAACACGUGCAAGAGCUCUAUGUUUUUUUGGAGAUGGUGGAGUGAAGCUAGGAAAGUGUGGAGCUAAUGGAGUGGAGCUGAUUUUUCUGGAGUGGAGUGCUCCUAAAUAGGCCCUAAAAGCUAUAAAAAAGGCAACGCUUACGUGAUUCGCUCAAGAUAGAAGGUAAGCCAUAAAGAAAGAACUGGCCAAACUACUCGCGAUGAUCUUCAUAAAAAAAGUCUAUUAUCGAGAGUGGCUUACUAACCCCGUUUUGAUACGAAAGAAAAAUAACAAUGAUUGAAGAACGUGUAUCGACUACACAGAUCUCAACAAGCACUGACAAAGGAUCCUUUCGGGCGUAGCACGUCACGCGAGACGGAGAGGAAGACGAAGCACGUCGGGCAUCGCGAGCGCUCGGAAGAAGAUAAACAGGAAGGUGCACGGAUCCUGACCGUUGGAUCAAUAUCCAAUGGGCAAUGGCCACGAGUGGUGAUCGAUAGAAAACAAGUUUUCAAUCGAUUGCUAACUAGACACACCCGAACCUUAAAGUUCAUUUCCAGCCCUUUUCUCAAGUCUGAACCUUUAAAUUCUUUUCCAUGGAGUUGGUGUUGAUCCAGUUUCUGAACCAUGCCACGAGUAGCCAUCCCUCUUCCUGAACAUUUGGACAAGUACUGACAAACCUAGCCAGAAUGACGCAGCGGCAUGCCAGGUGUAACGGACCACGUCCGCGUGCUGCAAAAUGUUCUUCCGGUGACACAAGAUGCCAAGCUUGCAAGUCCCAACUUCUCGUCUAGGCGCAGACCUCACGGCGCCAUGCACACCGCCACGUACGCGGCCACCGGUGACUUAGUGGUGCCCCGUCUUCGCACCCACCUCCACUGACCCUGCUACCUUCAAGGUUGAAGCCAAACCGCAUUAACCCAGCCAACUGCUUCGUUCUGGAGCGCCAGACAAGGAGUUUUUGCUUUCCCAUUUCGCAUCACGUCGCAGCUCAGCGAUCGAUCCGGCUCCGCCUUCCGACCAUGGUGAAGCUCGCCACGGCCAGGGAGGCGCGCCUGUACGGGCCGGCGCUGGCGGUGCGCCGGUGGGAGUACAUCAACGCGGGGGUGUACGCGUUCGCCGCGCUGCUCCUGUCGGCGGGGCUCGCGGCGCUGUCCGCUGGCGGCGCGGCCAGGGCGGGGCUCGCCGUGGCCGCCGCGGCGCUGGCGGCAGUGGCCGCCGUGAACGCGCACGACCUCGCGGCGCACCUCGCCGGCGUCGACUGGCGCGUAGGGCUGGCGCGGUACGACGCCCAGCUCGGGCUCGUGGAGUUCCUCGUGCCGGCGCUGCACGCAGCGGGGUGCGCCCUCGCCGUCGCCGGCCUGGCGCUGCUGGUCUCCCAGGGCGAGGGGGCAGGGUACAGCUACGGGCGGGAGAAGCACGCGGCGAACAUGCUGCUCGCGGCGGCGCUGCUGUGGCUGUUGGGCUCGGUGCUCAACUCGUGCCAGGUGUACGAGCGCGCCGACGGCCGGGCGCAGCUGCUGCAGUCGAGCGUGCAGAUGCCCAUGCUGCUGGGGAGCCUGCUGUUCCUGGUUGCCGCCGUCCUGAACCGCCGCCGCGUCUCCGGCAGCUGGCGCCAUGAGCCAGCCAUCCUAGUGGGGCGGAGCUGGGCGUGGCUGUGCCUGCUGGGGAGCCUGCUGUGGCUGGCGGCGGCGCUGCUGAACGUGCUCAAGGUGUUCAUGAUGCACCAGAGCGACGCGCUGCGGCUGGAGAAGCUCCGUGGCGGCGCGCAGGAGCGGCUCAGCCGCGACCGUGAGGGCCGCGUGCCGCUCAACUGGGAGGAGGCCGCAAGGAGGAGGGCGCUCCCCACCGAGCUCCGCUGAUCCUCGCGCCGUCACGCGCGCGCCCGCGCCACCGGUACCGCUCGUCGCCGAACCAUUUGCGUCAGCCUAGCUAGCCGUAGUGGUACAUCAGGGCCGUAACAACUUUUCCCGUGCUGUAAAAAAAAAGGUUGUGGAAAAAACGAGCCAAAUAAAUUGUUUGGGCCCGUCCGUGCUGGCAUAUGCAGUUUUGGGCCUUUUGCUUAAUCUUUUGGCCCAUCAAAGAAAAC